AUGAUUAAUAAUAAUGAAAAUAGUACAGUUUUACCUUCACCUUCAAUUCCAAAAAUUGUAGAUGAUUUCCCACCUUUAGCAAAGAAACAACCAAAAGAAAAUAAUAAUAGUAAUAAUAAUAAUAAUAAUAAUAAUAGUAUAUUCCCAAAUUUAGAAAAUAUGAAAAAAUCUACAAUUCAAGAAAUUGAAAAUACAGUACAUAUAUAUACAACUAUUAUAUUUAAUAGGUUAUAUUCUACAACUUUAUUAACUGAAUUACAUUGGAUAAUUAAAUUCCUCACAACACUACAAAUUGAAAUUUAUAAAUCACCACCACCACCUAAAAAAGCAAUAAUAAUAGUACCAUCUCCUACAUCAAUCUUUGAAAAUAUAGAAAGUUCACUUUUAUUCAUAAUUAAACAAAUUAAAUCAAUUCUACCACUACUUCAACUUUUAGAACCAAAUUUUUUAAUACAAUUAUCUGAAAAUCAAUUUCGCUAUUAUUAUUAUUAUUAUUAUUAUUAUUAUUAUUAUUAUUAUUAUUAUUAUUAUUAUUAUUAUUAUUAUUUUACUAAUUUACUAAAUCAUUAUGAAGCAACAUUAUGUAAAAGGUUAAAUGAUAUUAGUAUUUAUCAAAAUGAAGAAUAUUCAAAUAUAAAUCAAAAAUCAGAUUUUAAUAAGAAUAAUAUAAACUUUAGGAUAGCAUCACCAUUUAGAAGUGAAAUGGAUUUUCAAAAAAGAUUAAGAAAAUCUGAAGAUCAAAGUAUAUUAAGUAAUAGAGAGAAAUCAUUUGACCAAUUUCAUGAAUUAAUUAGAUUAUUUCAAUUAGAUUAUAAACAACAACAACCAACACCACCACCACCACCAUCAGUUUCACAACAACAGCAACAUGGUAAUAGUACAGAAUUUGAAUAUAAAACUAAAGAAUUCUUCAACUUGUUACAUAAAAGUAAUAUUUGGUGGUUUUGUGAUUUAUUCAUUGACAAAUACAUUCAAUCAAGUAACAUAUAUAAUUCAACAAGUAGUACUAGUAAUAAUAAUAAUAAUAAUAAUAAUUUUAACACAGCAGCAACAACAGUAGCAGGAAAUACAAACACUACAACAACUACAGUUAAUAAAAUACCAAAUUUAGCCGAGACAAUAGCAUCAACAAUGUCAUUAACACCAUUAAAAGGUGGUAGUAAUUCAUCAACAUUUACACCAUCAACACCAACUCAACCUGCUGCAUUAAUACCCGCUGAUAAAAUGCAAUUACUUCAAAAAAGAUUAGAUACUUCACCACAUAAAUCACAACAACAACAACAACAACAACAGCCAUCCACUCAACACCACCAUAAUCACCAUAACCAUAAUCACCACCAUAAUCAUAAUCACCAACAAUACCAACAACAAAAUAACCAAAAUAAUUCAAAUAAAGAGAAUUUAAUCAACUUUUCAAGACCCCCAUCAUCAUCAUCAUCAACAAAUGCUAAACAAACAAACUAUAAUUACAAUCAAAAGCAACAACAACAACAACAACCAUCAUCAUCACCACAUAAAAAAGAAGAAGAAAAUCAAUAUAGUUAUUUAAAUAAAAAUAUUCAAUCAAUUGUAUUAAAAUUUUCAAGUAAAGAAAGAUUUUUUAUAAAUAUGAUUAUAAAUUAUGAUAGUAAUACAUUUUAUCAUCAUUUGGAAUGUAGUAUCAUUGAAAAGAUACAAAUACUUCAAUAUUGUCAAUGCUCGAAUUCAGUUCAUUUUAAUUUACACUAUCCAGAUAAUUUUGAAAGGAUACAAAAUUUGAAAAAGUUAUCGAAAUUGUUAUCAUUGCUAUACCACUUGCCAACUAUACAAUAUACAAGUUAUAAUAUGUCAUUGUUAAUACCAAACUUUAAUGAAAUCUCUAAACGUGCAAAUACAACCUUACCACUUCCAUUGGACAUGAAACAAUUACUCUUUCAAUCCAUUCAAACUGAUCAAUUAUUAUUAUCAAUACCAUUAGUUAUUGAAUUCUUAAAAAUUAGAGACUCAAUUUCAAAAGAGAAUCAACAAUUAAAUGAUUUAUUAAAUUUACUUAAAAAUAUUUAUAAUUUACCAAAUUUAUUAAUAACUUUACAACAACAACAACAACAACAACAAUUACCAUCAUCAAUAAUAACACCAACACCAACUACACCAAUAAACAAUACACCUGUAACACCAUCAUCAUCAUCAUCAUCACCGACAACAACAACAACAAAAAAAAAUAAUAUCGAUACAACAAAUAGUGGACAACAAUCAUUAUUUACAGCAUUAUAUAUUACAUUUGAGUUGGAGCAAUUCUUUGAAGAGAUUAAAGUUAAUCCACAUCAAUUUAAUCAUGUAUCAUUACCAUUUAAAGUGAAUUCACCUUUAAAAAAUACAAUUUCAUCACUCUCACCUUCACCUUCACCUUCACCUUCAAAUCUAAAUAAUAAUAAUAAUAAUAAUAAUAGUAGUAAUAGUAAUUUCAUUACACCACCAACAACACCAACUAAACAACCACAAACCCCAACAACUCCAAAUAACAAUAAUAAUAAUAGUAAUAGUAGUAGCAAUAGUAGUAGCAAUAGUAAUAAUCAAAAUAAUGCAAAUUCAAGUUUAUUAAUUGAUAAUAAUUCAAAAAUUGUAUAUAAUUUACUUUGGCCAUCAAAUAAUAUGAUCAUCAAUAAUAAUAAUAAUUAUAAUAAUAAUAAUGGUUUAUCAGAUUUAAAGAGAUUAUUAAAUGAACCAAUUGAAUUUAAAAAACAACAAGAAAUUGCUGCUGCUGCUGCUGUUGCUGAUUUAAAAUUAAAACAAGAAAAAGAAAAAGAAAAAGAAAAAGAAAAAGAAAAAGAAAAAGAAAAACAAUCUCAAAGUGGUGCACCACCACCACCACCAUCAACUACAACAACUAAUACAACUACAGAAGGAAUGGAUGCAAUUAAAACUACUACAACCAAAACAUUAGUACCAAGACGUAUUACACCAAUGUUAAAGAAUAAAUCGAGUAGUAUGAGUAUUUCACCAACAUCAACGAUUGAUGAUAUAAAAGAAUCACCAUUACAACAUCAAUUAGAAUGGUGGUAUUUUUGGAAUCAUCCUUCAAUUGCAAGAAUUUCAAAUUUACUAUCAGAAACUUUAUUACCUUUCUUUUCUGAAAUGAUUUUUAAUUUAUCAAUACCAAUAAUAAUGAAUCAUUCAAAUGAAUAUGUUAAACAAAUUAUUAUUGAAUUAUCAACUCCAUCAUCAUCAACUCCAUCAUCAACAACAACAACAACAACAACAACAACGGUAUCACCAUCAUCAAAUACUUUAUCAUCAUUAUUAUUAGAUUCAAAUAGAUUACAAGGAUUAAUUAAUACAAUUUAUAGUAAAGUUAAAAUUGAAGCAAGUAAAAAAGUUGAAUUCUAUUGUAUUGAAAAUAUUAAAACACUUGUAUUAUUAUUAUCACCAAAUGGUAUUGAUGAAUCAGUAUUGGAUGUUGGUAGUUCAAUCAUUUGUAGACAUUUGAAAAAAUUAUCUGAAAAUAUUUGUCAACGACAAACUUUACAAAAAAUUGAAAUUCUAAUUAUUGAAAUUAUUACAAGAAAACAAAUAUUAUUAACAACUCAAAUUAAUAAAAAUGAAACUACAAAUAAUAAUAAUAAUAAUAAUAAUGAAGGAAAUAAUAAUAAUAAUAAUAAUAAUUUAAUUUUAAUUAAUAAUAAUGAUAAUUCAUUAUCACAAAUAUUAUCAUUAUCAUUAUCAGAUAUAACUAGAAUGAAUCAACAAUCAUAUUAUUCAUUAGCGUCAAUAAAGUCACAUCAUAUAUCAAUGAUACAAGGUUCACAAGAUGCUAAAUCAAUUUGUAAAGCUAUGGAAUAUCAUCAAAAACUAUUAGAACCUUAUAUAAAUGAAAUUUAUUUUAAUAUUUUCCCACAAAUUAACAAUAACAACAACAACAAUAACAACAACAACAAUAGUUCAAAUUUUGUAAUUGAUAAUAAUUUUAAUAAUUUACAAAUUGAAUAUAAAAAAUCAGAUUUACAAAUUACUGCUGAAUCAAUAUUUAAUAGAUUAUCAGAUUAUAUAAAAAAAGUUUUAAAUAAUGAAAAUGAAAAUAUUAAUAAUAAUAAUAAUAAUGAUAAUAAUGGUAACAACUUUGAUAUGACACAAUUUAAAAAAUCAUUACCAACUUUAUUUAGAUUAGUUUCUGAUAUAAUUACAAAUCAUUCAAUUUUAACAAAUUUUCAUCAAUAUAGUAAAUCAAUUUUUAAUGAUAUAAAUGAUAAUAAUAAUAAUAAUAAUAAUGAUACUAAAAAUAAGGAGGAAAAUAAUAAAAAUAAUAAUAAUAAUGAAAAUAUAACAGAUGGUAUUAUAUUUAAUGUUGAUUUUAAUUCAUUUUCAAUUGUACAAAUGAAUGAUUCAUUCAUAACAACAUUACCAAUUAAUGAAAAUAUAACAACAUCAUUUAGUAAAACAACAAUCACUAUUAUAAAAAUAUUUAAUGAAAUUCAUCCAGACUUUAUGGAAAUUUUAACAAAUUAUUUAUUACCAUCUUCAAAGAUAUUCAAUUUAGUAAUUCAAACUAUUCAAUUUAUUAAAUCAACUUUAUUAAUUCAAAAGCAACAACAAAAAUAUCAACAACAUCAAGAAGAAAAAGAAGAAAAAGAAGAAAAUGAAAAAGAAAAAGAAAAAGAAAUUGAUUUUAUUGAAUUAAAGAAAGAAGAGGAAUUUUUAUGUAGUAAAAUUGAAAAUUGUUUCAAUUGGUUACAUUGUUUUGAUUGGUUAUUCAUUACAUUAAUACAAGAAAAUAUUAUUAAAAUCAUUUCUUUAGAAAGUAGUUGGAUAAAUAUAUUUGAUAGAUGUUUAACUUUUAUUUUUGAAUGUGAUUCAAAUAAUAAUACAACAGCAACAACAACAACAACAGCAACAACAUCCCAACCAGAAAUUUCAGAUGAUAAUAAUAAUAAUAAUAAUAAUAAUUAUAAAGAAAAUCAAUCAAAUCAUUUAUUAAUUGGUGCUAGUGUAUUAGGAUCAUUUUUAAAGUAUAUUUGUCAAUUU